GUCACCCGUGUCGCCUAGAGGGAUGCUGUACCAAAUCCCUGCCUCCCCGGAGGACGAUGAGCGGGACGAGUAUAUCGAGGAGGAGGUGUACGAGAAUGACUUUACGUUCCGGGCGGUCUUUGUUGGUUUGCUUGUUGGGGUUGUGCUUUGUAUGACCAACGUCUACUUCGGCCUGCAGACCGGUUGGGUAUCCAUGAUGUCCCUCCAGUCCGCCCUGCUGGGGUUCGCAAUCUUCAAGGCGAUCCCGCGUGUCCUCCCCCGGCUCAAGAUCAAGCCUUUCACACCCCAGGAGAACGUCAUCCUCCAGACGGUGGCGGUCGCGACGGGGACGAUGCCCCUCGCGGCGGGACUGGUGGGCAUCAUCCCAGCGCUGGAGAUGAUGAGCGAGACGAUGGACGGGAGAGGACCGGUGGUCCUGGGAGCGGCGGGACUGAUCAUGUGGUGCAUGGCCGUGGCGUUCUUCGGUGUGUUUCUCGCUGCACCACUCAGGAGGCAGGUGAUCAUCAAGGAGAAGCUUGUCUUCCCUUCUGGAAGUAUGUCCCUCAUCAUUACCAUCGUCCUCAUCGAUCUCAUCAUUCUCGUCAUGAGCCCUGCUGAGCCUGCCACCGCCCAACUCAUCGCUCUGCUACACAAGAUACCUCCUCCGGGCGAGGCCCUCGGCACGGGCGUAUCCCGGGCAUACCGUCGUCUCCCUCGGGCGUCUCGCUCAGUGUCCCCACCGGGAGAGGAGGAGCGCGAUGCAGCCGCAUCCGCCGAGGACAGGAAGGACGCAGAGGUCAUGACCGUCGCUGGAUGGUGGGCACUCGGAUGGACAUUUGCGGCCAGCGGUAUCCUCACGUUCAUCAGCUUCUUGUUCCCCAUCAUCUACGCCUUGCCUUUGUUCGAUGUCCUCGGCCUCCCAUUUGGCACAAGCCUCGCAGCGCAAUGGAUGUGGUGGUUCACCCCGUCGUUGUCGUACGUUGGACAAGGCGUCAUUAUGGGCUUCCCCGUGACGAUCUCGAUGAACCUGGGCAUGCUCGUCGGCUGGGCCGUGCUUUCGCCACUGUCAAAGCACAUCGGCUGGGCUCCUGGUCCCGUCUCAUCAUCCACAACAGGCGCGCGGGGCUGGAUACUCUGGGUUGCUCUCGCCAUCAUGAUUGCCGAGUCUGUCAUCUCUCUACUGCCCAUCAUCAUAUCCUACACCACCACGCUGCUGCGUCACCAUCGGCAGCGAUCCCGUUCCAAGGUCUUCCAACCCGUAUCCCCCCGCGAGGCCAACACGGCCGACGACGACUACUUUGACCCCACAGACGAGGACGAGGACGAUCCCGAGAUCGAGCCGCCGGAGCGCCUCGUGCCCAUGAGCUGGGUGUGGUCCGGUCUGGCCGUCAGCGGCGUGCUGGGCGUCGUACUUGUGUGGAUGGUGUUUGGCGCGGAUGGGAUUCAUCCAUGGGCGACGGCGGUGGGACUGGUGUUGGCCAGUGCGCUGAGUCUGAUUGGCGUGAGAGCGCUAGGAGAGACGGAUCUGAACCCGGUAUCUGGCAUUGGCAAGAUCAGUCAACUCCUAUUCGCCGUUUUGCAGCCGGGCAACGUCGUCGCCAACAUCAUCGCUGGCGGAGUCGCCGAAGCUGGCGCCCAGCAAGCCGGCGACCUCAUGCAGGAUCUCAAGACUGGCCACCUCCUCCGUGCCUCGCCUCGCUCCCAAUUCUACGGCCAGCUCAUCGGUUCCUUUGCCAGCGUCUUCGUCUCCACCGCUGGCUACAAGUUCUACACUUCCGUCUACCAGAUCCCCGGACCUCAAUUCGCGGUACCCUCCGCUGGGAUCUGGCUAAAUCUUGCUCGACUGCUCAACAAGGGUCAUCUACCCGAUCACGUCGUCCCCUUCAUGCUGGCUUUUGGCAUCCUCUUUGGGGCUCUGUCAUUCAUCAAGGCGUUCCACACCCGUCUGCCCGCUUCCCCAAGUAGGGACAAGUGGAUCAGAUACAUCCCUUCCGGUAUAGCCUUCGCGGUGGGUUUCCUCAACUCGCCGAGCUUCUCCAUCGCCCGACUCAUCGGCGGGUACAUCGCCUACCGGACCGCAAAAUCCACCACGACAGGGGAGACUCCCCUACUCGCUAUUGUCGCCGCAAGCGGUUUCGUCCUCGGUGAAGGCGUCGUCAGUAUCGUGACUCUCGGUCUGACCAGUGCGGGAUACGGCGCAGUCAGCUGCUUUGGAUGCGGUCUCGGAGGAGGCGGAUACUGCUCGGGAGGGUGCACC